AUUCAAAAAUAACUCCCUGGUUUGGGGGCACUGAGAGCAACACCCAAGGGGUUGGGGAGCAACAUGGGGUCACUGUGUUAUAGAAUGCCUUGUGCUUACUACUUUGCAACUGGUCUUUAUUAUUCAGUUUUUAUAAUUUUUCAAUUAUUUGCCUUCCUCCGGCUUUUAAAUGGGGAUCACUGACUCCGGCAGCCAAACAAAACUUGCUCUGCGAGCCUACAACUUUAUUGUUACUUUACAAUCUUUAUAUUCCUAUUCAGUCCCUCUCCAAUUCAUAUUCCAGUAUCUUUUCAAACUACUGCCUGGUUCCUAAGGUAAACAAGGCCCUAGCAACAAGAUAGCUGUUAUAAUUCCGAAUGAAAAUGUAUGCAGAAUGGGAUACAGCACUGGAUUGUGUGUAAACCUUUCUUUAUUCUCCUCUGCAGCAGCAGUUACGGGACAGACGGAGUUCUUCACUGCUCCAGAUAUAAAAGUAAGCCCAGAUCGGGUUACAGAAGGCUCUGAUAUGUCCGUAUCCUGCCAUUCUAUCCCGUCUCCCCCAUCAGUACCAUUACUGUACGCACUGUAUAAGAAUGGACAACUGGUGCAGGGAUUCAGCUAUUCCAAUGGAUGGAAAUAUACCGCAACUCAAAAGGAGGACUCUGGAGAUUAUAGAUGUGCCGCAAAGACAUUGACUGCUGAGAAGAAGAUGAGCCACGUGUUAAAAAUACAGAUAUUAGACCUGUUUUAUAAGCCAGAUAUAACAGUGAGCCCAGAUCAGGUUCCUGAAGGAUCAGCUAUGUCUAUAUUCUGCCAGUCUCUGCCAACACCAGAGCCGUUAGCCCUACAAUACGUUUUAUAUAAAAACGGAGAAAUAGCGCGGGGCUACAGUCGUUCAAACGAAUGGAAAUUUUCCUCAACUCGGAGUGAGGACUCGGGAGAUUAUACAUGUGGGGCGAAGGCAUUGAACAUAGAAGAAAAGCUAAGCCACGUCUUAAAAAUCCAAAUUUUAGUUACAACGGCGUCCUAUAACCCAGAGAUAAAAGUGAGCCCUAAUCUCAUCACUGAAGGUUCUGAUAUGGCCAUAACCUGCCAUGUUACUCUGACUGCCCAGGCGGUGCCUUCACUCAUGCAGUUUGCAUUAUACAAAGAUGGAGUCCUGAUCCAUGAGUUCGGUUAUUCCAAUAUAUGGAAAUUCCCCCCGGCUCAGAGAAAGGACUCUGGAAAUUACACAUGUGGGGAGAAGAUAUCGACUGGUGAAAUAAAGUUGAGCCAAACCUUGCAAGUCCAGAUUUUGGGAAAAGACAACACAGUCCAGAAUGUGGUCAGACUGGCGGUAUCAGCGUGUAUACUAAUGGCCUGUUUCGGGGUGGUUUCCAAAUAUUUCAGAAAGUAGAAGGACAUCGGAGGAUAUCAACGGUCAAAGAGGACAUCACAACUCCAACUCUUUCUGAAGAACUCUCCAGAUGCCCAGACUUUGCCACCCCGUGAUCUACUCUUGCCACCUGGCCUCCGCCAUGAGAUCUACAGCAGUUAAAAUAGUGCAACCUCUAUCAUUUGGCAAUAAGCAAGAAAAAGUAUCAAUCGAUGUUUAACAAAUACACAAAGCAAUAUAUUAAUAC